AUGGAAACUCUAAGCUUCUCUACUGCAAUCAUUUCCUCCUCCUCUUCUUCUCUCCAAAAAGAAAGGAAUUUAAUUCCCCUCCAAGACUCCUUCGAUUCCACACUUCUUCAAAAAUUGCUCUUGGCUGAUUAUGUUUCUAGAGAACAAGAUCUGUCCAAUGCCCUUCCUGAUCAGCUGAGAAGUAAAUCUUCUGCCAAUCCUUGGCCAUGGCUAACUACCCCCGUCGACAUGAAAUUAAUUGGCGGGUCUGAGACAUACCGAAAAGCCAAAAGGAGGCUUAAUCAAGGAUUUGUACAUGGAGUCAGGACCACUGACUUGCUCAGCAGCAGGGGACCAAUUGGGGUGGAUUGCUUAAGAAGUGCCAUAAUUUCUGAGAAAUGGGGAGUGGAAAAUGAUGUUCCAGCAAGAAUAGAGAACCCACCAGCCUCGAAGGGAUAUAUAGGAGAACUAGCAGCCAAUAUACUUACACCAGGUGCUGCUAUAUCUGGCCGUGGAGCACAAAGGCAUUAA